AUGCAGUCCGCCAGAUCUCAGGGAAGCCGAUUACGGCCCGUCGCCGACCCUCUGGAUAGGGUCGGCUUUGUUUCAAAGGGCGACAGAACACUUCUCGAUCAUAAAGAGCAGCAAGACUACUACAAUAAGAUCUUAGAGCGAUAUAUGCGUUUCUGCUCCGACCACCAGAAAGACUUCGAUGCGGCACAUGCAUCGCUCCCUGUGAGCUCGUCGAAUGAUGCGACCUCGAACCCACCUACCGCCCAGCCAGCUGCAAGGACCACGUCCAACCCCGCAGAGAGGCGCAUUCCCCCACCAUCGACGGAGCUGUCAAAGCUGCUUCUUUCCCUCCGCAAGCUCAGAGAAGGCAUCUUGGCAACGUCGAAAACAACUCCGGCCAAAUUUGCGCAGCUCGUCCAUUAUUUCUCAAUUCGCAUGUCCAUUCUCGCGCAACACCCCCCGUCGUAUUUUCCGUCCUUAGAGUACUGCCUCAGCAAGCUCCAUUCCAAAUCACACCCCAUGGCCGAGUCGGAAGUCAAAGAUUUGGUGUCAUACUUGAUUCUCGAUUAUGCAUGUCGGCAACAGGAUAUGGUGUCGGCCUUUGAGCUACGCGCACGGGCGCGUCGGGACUACGACUUCCAAUCGCAAGCUGUCGACCGCGUCUUGACGGCAUUAAUGCAUGAUAACUGGAUUGCGUUUUGGCAAGUGCGCAAAAGUGUUGACUCAUAUAUGCGUGCGGUAAUGAACUGGGCUGUGGACCGAAUGCGCAGACACGCCUUGAAGGCUGUCGGCAGUGCGUACCUUAACGUCCAUGUGGACUGGAUUAUAGGCGGGUGUACCGGUGAUGAUAGACAAUGGACGUGGGAGGAAUUGAUCGAGAAAGAGAAUCUUGGCUGGCAGAGGGAAGGCGAUAAGGUUAUAAUUAAAAUUCCCAAGGUUCGACCACCGCCGAAACAGGAGCCCAUCCCAGCGGGGAAAUGA